AUGGCGCCGCCGGACGCAGCGCCUGACGCUGUUGCCCGCAGCCCCGACGACACGCCCGUCGCCGACGAGCACUCUGUCUCUCCGCGCUCCAGCCCUCCACCCGACGCCUGCGAGCCUGCAGGUGCCGCUGCGGCUGCCAGCGAUGGUCCUGCUCAGGAAUUGGAUCAAGCAGCUCCCGCUGCGGGGCCCCCUGUGCGCCCGCCCCAGCAGGCCUUCCCGUCGACUCAUUACUCCUCAGACCUCCCAUACCACUCGCCAAGACCGGUGAGAUACCACACCGCAUACCUCCCGACAUCGAAUUCAGCCUCCGCAGAGCCGACCCCCUCUCCGGGCAAUGAUACAACAACAUCCCCUAACGCUCCGGCCGAUUGUGAGUCAGGCGGGGCUCAGGAUCCGCACCGAGCUUCGACAGCAACGCCAGAACGCCCGAGCCUGCGGCGAGACCAGCUUUCGACAGCUUCCACCAUGAGCAAUGCCACCAUCAGGGCUUAUUCUGCGGUUGAUGGCUUGCCAACUCUGGCCAAUCUGCCGAGCCCGCACCGCCAGUAUCCCAAAUACCCUAAUCAGGCAUACUCUGCGCUGCAAACCCAGAUCGAAUACCCCAGAUUCCCCAACCCUCCUCUUCAAGCUCAUCAAAACCCACCGCCUGGUCCCCAUAUCUUGCGGACUCGGAGCUCUCAUCCCUCACAGUACUCCUCUUUUUCUUCCUCGCACGUCCCGUCUCUACACCCCGCUCAGCACUUCGCCCACGAAACCACCGCGCACGAAGGCGGCUCUCGUACGGCCGGUAACUCACCCGCAGGCAGUCCAGGCCUCUUCGACCCGAACCAAUCCCCAAUCCGACCUGUGCUUGCCUCGACUGCAGAGUCCGGCUACUACUCAAGCCCUUAUCUUCACUUCACCCAUCGUCAAGUACCGAAGGAGACUCACGUUGCCGACGUCGACGUUGACCCCAUAUCCGGCCGCAAAAUCAUCAACCAAUACGAGAUCAUUGACGAGCUGGGCCGCGGUGUACAUGGAAAGGUCAAGCUUGGGCGCAGUCUGGAAACAGGUCAAUAUGUCGCCAUCAAGAUCGUGGAGCGGUACUCAAAGAGGCGCCGAUUGGGCAAAAACACGAGCCACGAGGACAAGAUCAGGAGAGAGAUAGCCAUUCUCAAGAAAGCACGCCACCCUAACAUUGUUGGCUUGCUGGAGGUUAUCGAUGAUCCCUCCCGAAAGAAGGUUUACAUCGUUCUCGAGCACGUGGAGAUGGGAGAGGUGCGGUGGAGAACGGAAGGUGCGAAGGAAAUUGUUCUCAUAGAACACAGGCGGUACGAGCGCGAGGUGAGAGGUAUUUUCGAUAACGAGUCGGCGGCAUUGGAAGAUCAGAGAAUUCUGCUGGAGGCGCAAAGAAAGCGUGAACGAGAGGAACGACGACGGCUGAGGCGAGCACAUCGCGCACAGAACGAUGAGACCGACGCCCAGACCUGGAGUUUCGAGUACGGCGGAGACACCGAUGAUGAAGAUACGAACAGCGACUUGCUGUCGCGGACAUCUACCGCAACCACCGAAGACCUCAACGGCACCGGAUCCAAGCAUCGCAGUCGGCCUGCAACACCAACAGAGUUUGACGCCGACCAGACGCCCCACGCACCUCUCAACGAGACAGCCGCUGAGUUGGCUGCGUCGAAGCAGUCAAGCACUUCCCUCCCUGCUCUUGGCAGGGAACCCGUUCCAGAAGAACCUCGUGCGGCAUCGGUCACAGGCCUUGAAGGGACAAUGUGGGGCCCGUACGAGGAGAUCCCAGCACGAGGCAGGAAUCCGAGCAUCUGCGGAAGCCUAGCUUCUAACAAACCGGAUUUGCCUGGGGAUUUGCCGGUACCAGAACAUUUCCGUUACGUUCCUCUCAUGACGCUCCCUGAUGCACGCAAGGCAUUCCGUGAUACGGUCUCGGGCCUUGAAUAUCUCCAUUACCAGGGCGUCAUUCAUCGCGACAUCAAACCAGCUAAUCUGCUCCAAGCAAGAGACGGUCACAUCAAGAUCUCUGACUUUGGUGUUUCCUAUCUCGGGCGCAGAAGUGCAACUGCUUCCGCAUCUGUGUAUGGCGACGACCAGUCAGAAUCAGACGCUCAAAAUGUUGAUGAAGCAAUCGAGUUGGCAAAGACAGUUGGAACUCCCGCUUUCUACGCUCCCGAGCUGUGUCAAACAGACACAGAUUGUGACGACGAUCCCUUACCAGUCACAGGGCAGAUUGAUGUUUGGGCCCUCGGCGUCACUCUGUAUUGCCUGGUGUUUGGCCGCGUCCCUUUUCAUGAUCUGAACACAUUCGUGGUCAUGCGUUUGAUAGCGGAAGAGGAGGUUUACAUUCCACGAUUCCGCCUCAGGGCUGUUGACGAUCGUACCGCAUCGCGUCCCAACUCGCACAAUCGCUUGUGGGGCGGCAUGGCUCGAGACAGGCGAUCACAUCAUGAACUCAUCUACGAAGAGGUCGAUGACGAACUCCACGAUCUUCUGAGACGGUUGCUCAUUAAAGACCCCCGGCGGCGCAUCAAGCUUCCCGAAGUUCGACACCAUCCGUGGGUGCUCCGUGACCUUGAGCAUCCGCUUCUCUGGCUCGAGCAAUCCGACCCUUCGCGAGUACCGGAUUACAAGAAGAUCGAGGUCUCGAGAGAGGAUGUCGACGAUGCUGUUGUUCAGCUCAAUCUGCUGGAGCGCGUCAAAUCUGGAAUGCGAAAGCUGGGUGGAGCGUUGGGCAUCGGCACGAAGCCCUCUUCCAGCAUGUCUGCUUCCGGGAGACGUGGAAGAACCAAGAACGGCGAAGGAGGGAUUUCUGCUGCAUCCUCGAGCAGUACUAUCAGCCAAGAUGCCCGAAGGCCCAGUUUGAGGGUUGACGACAUCAGCGCCGCCCUGCGAGCUUCCAGAGAAGGUGACCACCCGUUAUCGCACAGCGUCACCGCCAGCCCCGAGUUAAGAGAACGCACCCAGUUUUUUAUAGGACCGCACUCAAGGCCAGGUACUCCCGACAUCGGCAACGUUGAAGACGUCGAUGAAUCUCCACGAGGACAUAUCCGCGACAAGCACCACCGACUCAGUUUUGCUUCUCGAGCCGAAUCCACCAUGUCUACUGCCGGAUCAAUCAGGACCAUCCGCCCAUCUGACUUCGAGUAUCUCAACAAACGCCGGGGUGUAUCGCCAACCAUGCCUCAAGGGGUUCCGAGCACCCCUCUUACCCUGGACACACCUGGGGCCUCAAAUCUGAGUGGAAUCUUCGGAGGAGUUCGCCGCAACCUGCGUCCGAUGAGAAGCAAGGAGCGAGGUGCAGACGGCGUCAAGUCACACAGCCGUAACCCUUCGAUCGACCGUCUGGUGGCCGGAGACGAUAACGCGCAUGGUGAGCCUAGCAUCGCGUUGAGCGAUGCUGUUGCCGCUGGACAUGUGGACCAGCCAGCUCAGUUGAAAGAAUCCUCAGCGGCAAGCAGCUGCGUGACUAGCCCAGGGUCGCCUAUCGCACCUUCGCUCACCGAAUCUGACAUUCACCGGAGCGGUGAAGGGACCCCCUCGCGCCAAUCAUCAAUUUCCUCCGCCUCAUCCCAUCGCCCCAUGAAACGCGAAGAGGACCUUCUCUACAGCUCCCCUGUCUUCCACGAAUAUCUCAGCGACAUCAACUUCCAGCGUGCCCGUGAGGAAAGCCGGAGGAAGCAUAUUCUUGAGGAACGUCAAUCUUCAAGUCGUCCAACCUCGUCUGCGGGCUACCGUCCUUCCAGUGCACUCGGCCGUGGAUCAUGCCCGCCAUGCCCGCCUAGCCCCGACGACGAGACUUACUUCGAGCUCCAAAGGCAUACCAUCCCGCAGAACGAUGUGACGCCGAAAGGGUUCCAACAACCUCUUACAUCGAGUUCUUCGGAGGAUCAAUUCUAUUCGGGAAUGUCUCAGUCGACUUCCAAUCCUUCUAUUCCCUCGGUUGUGUCAGCAAACUCCUCGGUUAUGCAAGAUGAUCUAGUCCCCACGGACCAGAAAGUCCAUUCCGUCGUCUUGACAACCGAAAGAGCAAAUCCAGUCAUCAGCGUGACGGAUGAACACGACCACGACCAUGAUGGCUACGACGGUGACCACGCCAUUGAGAGCGAUGACGAUGAGGAAGAGGAUUCGGAUGAUGACUCUUCUGACGAUGACUUUGUAGAGAUGAAUGUCCGCAAGAAGCCUGCACCGAAGCGACCCUCCCGAAGCGAGAGCAUAUCGUAUGCGGAACUCUCCCGUGGCAAGGUCUUGGCUGGUUUUGGCGCAUCCAUCCGGAAAUCCUCGCGCAGCGGCAGCAACGGCACGGUCAAAAAGGUCCGCAGCCACAGCGAUUCCGAUGGCGAGGCUCUUCGGCACGACGCAGCUGAACUAUCAUCUUAA